AAGACACGUUGUGGUAAAAUAAGUAACCGUUACAAAGAAAAAAGCUUUUGCUUCUACUUUUGCUUUUGGUUUUACUCACAAAAAGUAAACUUUGAAUUAAACGUUAUUAAUUUUCAUUUAACUUCGUAUAUAACGAUGAGGCAGAUAAGCCACAGCUGUUAUUAUGAAGCUGCUAAAUUUUCUUUAAUGAAACUAUAUUUUAAUUAAAUAAUACAAAAGUUUAUGUCAGGAGUUUGAUUAUUACAGAGAAGACUAAUUGCUUCUUUACGACAACUUUAAUUAAUUUAAAAAAAAAAAAAUCCGAAUCUUACCUAAAUUAAGGUCUUCGAAUGGGACCCACCUCUGUAAGACGCCGGUUUCGUCCCUUCUCUCUCUUUGCUUUUGUCCAAAAUAAAGUUUCUUUUCUUUUCUCCUUAAAAAAAUGAUUUCUUGAAACAGUCGGAGGGGAUGCCUUGAGUUUAUUGCAGAAGCUAGAGAGAGAGUGUGUGUGUGUGUCUGCGUGUGUCAAAGAAAAGUCUUCUCUUUCACACCUUUCGUUUUCUCGAAACCUCUUUAAAGAAGAUGGUGGUGGAAUCUUGGGUUUGACAACUCAUCACCAGCCCUACUCUCUCUCUCUCUUUUAAGCUUCCUUCCUCCAAGCAUCCACCAAGGUCCUCAUCACUCUCUCUCUCUCUCUCUCUCUCAAUUCCUUCUCCUUUUGGUGUAUCAAGUUUGAUUUUUACUUUGAUCUUGUAGUUAAAGAAGCAACCUUUUCGUCUUCAAGCUUAAGAAAGCCAACUUCUUUUUUGUAGAAUGGGGCUCGACAUGGAGGAGAUAGAAGGAACCAACAGAGCAGCUGUAGAGAGUUGUCAUAGAGUUCUUAACCUCUUACAUCAACUAGAUCAUGGGAGGAGUUUAGUGUCUGAAACUAGAGAAGCUGUGUCUAGGUUCAAGAGAGUUGGGAGUCUGUUAAGCAAAAGUGUGGGUCAUGCCAGGUUUAGAAGAGCCAAUAAGAAGCCUCUGACCCAUUUGUCUCAAACCAUCUUCCUUGAUCCUUGUCUUCUCCAAACAACUCAACUUCCAGAAUCAUCUCAGAAACUCCGGUCUGGUUUCCAUGAACUGAGCUUGAGACCCAAUGAUUCUCUCACUUUAGGGACCCGGUCUUUCAGUUUAAAAGCCCCUCCUCUCCUUCAGCUUAACCAACAACAGCAGCAGCAACAGUUGCAGGCUCACCAUCUACAUCAGCAGCAACAAAGACAUCAUCAAGCUGAGAUUAUGCUAAGGAAGUGCAGUGGAGGGAUAAGUCUGAGCUUCGAUAACUCGAGCUGUACACCAACCAUGUCAUCAACUAGGUCCUUUGUUUCAUCGCUUAGCAUAGAUGGUAGCGUGGCCAAUGCAGAAGGGAGAAACUCCUUUCAUGUGGUAGGUGAUCAGAGUUUAUUACCACACUCCAAGAGAAAAUGCCUCUUGAAAGGAGACGAACAUGGAAGCUCUAGCCGAUGCCACUGCUCUAAGAAGAGGAAACAUAGGGUUAGGAGAUCGAUAAGAGUGCCUGCUAUAAGCAACAAGGUUGCUGAUAUCCCUCCUGAUGAUUACUCGUGGAGAAAGUAUGGUCAGAAACCAAUCAAGGGCUCUCCUUAUCCCAGGGGAUAUUACAAGUGCAGUAGCAUGAGAGGUUGUCCAGCGAGGAAGCACGUAGAGAGAUGCGUGGAAGAUCCGGCGAUGCUUAUUGUUACUUAUGAAGCAGAGCAUAGCCACCCAAAGUUGCCAUCUCAAGCCGUAACAACAUAACUUUCGUUGAUCCUGUGUGCGCAAUGAUGAUAGAUGGACGUUGAAUCUGCUCUAAUAUUGUGUGUGAUAAAAUGAUGGGCUUGUAGUUGGUUGGGGUGUGGAUUUGCUUGUGAGAGGGUUUGGUUUUAAGGGGUAAACGUAGGAUUUGUCAAGACUUUUUUUUCUUCUUGUUAUUUCUAUCAAGUGUAAUGCUCUUAAUGCUUCGCAAUUUUUCUUAAUCUCAGCUUCCAUUUGAGAA